CGGCUCCUGGCUACGAGGACACGCCCCCUUUCUUGAAAAUUUGCUCUCACAAUCGCACAACACAAUCAGCCUCGCUGCCAGUCUUCAAGUUCAAGUUGACUUUGAUUUUCGCGAGUCACCCGCCUUGUCUCACCUCGUCAAGCAUGUUGAAGAACGUCGUCAGUCUUGUUACCGGGAGCGCCUCGGGUCUCGGACGAGCCACCGCCGAGAGAUUGGUCAAACAAGGAGGAAGAGUUCUCUUGUGUGAUUUGCCAGCAUCAAAAGGGGAAGAGGUUGCUAAGUCUCUAGGAGAAAAUGCUGUUUUUGUACCAACAGACAUCACGUCAGAAAACGACGUCAAUAAUGCCCUUAACGUGUGCAAAGAAAAAUUCGGAGGACUGACCGCUGCAAUUAAUUGUGCGGGAGUUGGAGCCGCUUUCAAGACCUACAAUUUCAACAAAGACCUUCCCCACAAACUUGAGGAUUUUAUUCGCGUUUUAACCAUUAACACCGCUGGCAGCUUCAACGUAAUUCGCCUCUCAGCCGGUCUCAUCGGUAAAAACACACCUGACGAAAACAACCAGAGAGGGGUCAUAGUCAACACAGCCAGCGUGGCAGCGUACGACGGCCAAAUGGGCCAGGCCGCCUACUCUGCCAGUAAAGGCGCCAUUGUGGGCAUGACCUUGCCCAUCGCGCGAGACCUUGCCAGUCAGGGUAUCAGGGUCUGCACGAUUGCUCCAGGUCUGUUCGACACGCCGCUGCUGCAAGCGCUCCCUGACAAGGUGAGGACGUACCUCGCCAAGACAGUACCUUGCCCCCAACGCCUCGGCCACCCUGACGAGUUCGCCAUGUUGGUCGAGUGCGUCAUCUCGAAUCCAAUGCUCAACGGAGAGGUCAUCAGGCUGGACGGAGCCCUCAGAAUGCAACCUUAGGAUUAUUUUUAUGAUCAUAUCGCAUUUUUGCUUCCAUUAAAGUGCUAUUAUAGCAGGUAGUGUCAGCUUGCUAACAAGAA